AUGAAAAUCGGGCUAUUGCGGCUAGGAGUGCAUGGCGGAGGACUGGAGCGCGAGGAAGAGGACAGGUCACGGUGCGCCGUGGGCGUAGAUGCUGUUGUGCCCCACCACGGCGACACGAAAGCGGUGAUCGGCGGUGGCCACAGCUUCAGCGUGAUCGCGAGGAGGAACGCGCAGAGCGCCGUGCCGUCAGGAGGCGCUCCAGCGGGCGAGCUGGACGAGCCUCUCCGUCGAGGCCGAGCUGUACGCCAUGGAGGCGACGCGGCAGAUGCCGAUGCGCAGGCAGCGCAUAGCGAGCGCGAUGUGAGGAAGGAGGCGCUGCAGGAAGGAGACGGAGAAGCUCGAGGCGCAUACGGCGACAAGCGGGGCUGCGCGUUGAGUGAAGUGCGGCCGACUGAGGACCACCACCCGCUCCAAGCGGCGUCCGCCGUCCGAGACGAAGGAGACGGUGCCGGCGAAGGCGGUGAGCAGCGAGGUCGGAGCGAUGACGCGACCCGCAUCACAACAGUCACGACGAAGAAGCACGUGAAGUUCGAGAGCAAGGUCAAGGAAGCUUUCCAUCGAGGUGGCGCCUUCCCGCCAAGAGCAGGAGCUGCUGGCACAGCUGGAGCACAAGGUCAAGGGGCUUCCAAGCGGGAGAAGACGCUGAAGUAG